UGUCAUAUUUCACUACCAGUUGUAAUGAGUCCCCGAUUCGUUCUUGUCAUCAUAUAAAAGAAAAAUAUUGGAUUUGGAAAAUUUAAGUUAUUUCCGACUACCCCCUACCCCUAUUAUCAGAGUAUAUAAUUAAAUACGGGUUGCCACUCCUGUCAAUCGCAUCGAUCUGCUCCGCUGGAAUGCAACAGUGGAUUAGAUCUCUGGCACAUAUCGAUCUGCAUAGCUGGAACACAACAUAUGGAUUAGCCAACGACUUGUCAUGUGCGGUGAGGCUAACAGACACACAAUACCCUGGCAGUAUUGGUAGACAUCCAACCGGUUUCACUUCAUCUGGGCAUCAUGGAGUUUAACGGUGUUCAUGCUUGCUGGUUUAUACUGGCUCUUGUGGCCAAAUUUGGCUGGUGUAACAUCGCGCUGAACAAGCCAACCCACAGCAGCACCGACUAUGACGGAAAAUCAUCCUCCUCUCAUGCCGUGGACGGCAACCUCGACGCGGUGCGGAGUCACAGCAGCUGCUUCACAAGCUCUGCGACAUCGCCAUGGUGGAUGGUGGACCUCCAGGGGAACUACAGAAUAACAAGCGUCUCCAUACAGCGACGAAGCGAUGGCUUUGCAUAUCGUCUGAGAGACCUGGCGAUCUUGGCGUUCAGAGAAGACCCCCAGCAGAAUCCCUCCACGGCAACUAUAACUUGCACAGAGAAGACGGGGACCCUUGGGGCUAUGGACACACUGUCUUGUGAUCAGCCAGUAGUUGCCAGAUUCGUCAAGAUACAAUACUUGCCCAUUUUCACCGAGAUUCUAACCUUGUGCGAAGUCCAGAUAAGCGGGGAUAUCUGCAGCCGAGACACUACGCAAUGCACCAACACAGCUAUAGACAUCGUCCAGGGGAUGUACAUAGUCGUCGAGUCUGUCGACAAGAGAAUCGUCAAUGAUUCAACUCAGGGCGACUGUACCAACAAGUGUUAUCGUGAACACAAGUGCCAUGGAUUUAACUUCAACACAGCCUCCAAGACUUGUGAACUUGUGUUGAAAACACCAACACAAGUUGUGUCCGAUGCUGGCUCGGUGUAUAGUGUCAUGCCGUCUUGUUUUCUGUUGUGCAAUGGCGUAUCCGUGAACAUUUGCUAACG